AGAGGGGGGCGGGACAAAUGUCAAUUUUGCCAAUGGCAGAAAGUGAGUGAAGAAGUCCGUCAAAGCGAAAAAAAGGGAAGAUGGCGAAAGGUGGUCGGAGCCUGAGGAAAGUAGCGGAGUGCAUCAGACACUUUCCUUCUACUGCCAGCAGGGAAACUCACUUAAGGAACAGCGUAAGAUACCUGUCGUCAUGUGGGGUCCUGAACACUCACGUGCCCCCCCGUCCCGGUGCGGCCAUGUUGGGGCCCGUCGUCACAUUACCCGUCCGCAGCUUCUUCAACCUGGCCGACACCUUCUCCAAGAGGAAGGAGUACUCCGAGAGACGCGUCAUCGGGUUUUCCAUGCAGGAGAUCUAUGACGUGGUGAACGGGGUGGAGAACUACCGCCUGUUUGUUCCCUGGUGCAAGAAGUCCGAUGUCGUGUUCAAGCGCGCCGGGUUCUGCAAGGCUAAAGUAGCCGUGGGCUUUCCACCUGUGAUGGAGAACUACACCUCUCUGGUCACUUCAGUACGCCCCCACCUGGUCAAGGCGGCCUGUUCUGAUGGGAAACUGUUCAACCACCUGGAGACGGUGUGGCGUUUCAGCCCUGGACUCCCAGGAUACCCUCGUACCUGCACGGUGGAUUUCUCUAUCUCCUUCGAGUUUCGCUCCCUCCUCCACUCCCAGCUGGCUCACGUGUUCUUCGACGAGGUGGUGAAGCAGAUGGUUUCUGCGUUCAUUCGUCGCACCUCCAAGCUGCACGGAGCCGAGACGGCCAUCCCUCAAGAGCUCAUGUUCCACGAGAUCCACCACACGUAGCGCUGCACAAACAGACAGGAAACAGACAGACAAACAGACAGAAAACAGACAGGAAACACAACGCCUAACGCCUAAGUCAGACAGGAAGUAGAGACUCGCACUGAUGCCUUUCUCACAGCAUCGACCAAGUUAAUUCCCAACAGUUUCCCAUCUCUCCCUUUUUAUUUUUUAAUGAAAUUAUAUAUUUUUGA